AUGGCUCAAGAUUACAGAUUGAUUUGGAUCCGUGAAAAAGUUUUGACGUUUUUAAACGAAGAAAAUUCUUCGGAACUUUUUGACGAAUUGCUAUUAGAAGAUAAUGGAAAAGUAGAAGAUAAUCUUGUUGCUUUUUUAAACGAUGAAAUAUUCGGACCCCAAGAUUUACAUAAAAGACUUUGUUUUUUUUAUAAAACAUAUUAUGAUAAAAUUAUAGAAGAAGAAAUUACCAUUAAAGAAGAAAUAGUUGAAGAAAUUGAAGAAGAAACUAAUGACGUUCCAGAAGUUCAUGAAAAAAAAAAGACCGGUAAAUCUGGUAAUAAAACUUCGCCUCGUAAGAAAAAAGAAAAACAGGGUGGGAAAAAAUCGGCAGAACCUUCUCCGCCUCCUCCUAAAACGACAAGUGCUUCACCGGAAGAAACUGAAAAUGCUGAAUCGCCCGAUGAAAAUACUCAAACGGCGGCUCAAAACGAUUCGGAAAGUCCAAAACAAAUAUUAGAAACCUCUACUCAAACAACUACUAAGGGAAAACACAAACCUAAAAAAGUUAAACAUAAAGGUCCGAAAGGGAAGAAAGACAGUCCAGUAACUGCUAUUGAAAAUACGGUUGAAGAAGUUGAGGAAGAAAAACCUUACAUUUUGGUAAAUAAAAUCGUCGAGAGGGUCGUACAAGCUCCCCGAAUAAAUGUUCAUUUCGGUUACUUGGAAGGAGAAUCCACUCCUCAAAAUCACAGAUUAGUUUUUUUUUUACGACAAAGAGAACAAUCCGUCAUCAAUUUCGAAAACUACGAAAGAGCUUGUUCCAUCAUGCCGAGUAUUUUUUUAGUAGGGUCAACUAGAGGACAACACUUGAGCAGUGCUAAUAAAAUUGUCAAAAGUGUAUUCAUACCAUUGGUGGAAAAACAAUUUCGCGAACCGGAAUUGAUAAUGGCCGCCGUGCAACCGGGAAGAAAAAAAUCUCAACUCACGGAUGAAGAAGAUGAAAAAGAUGACGGAAACGAACAUGCUUUCGGAGGAGGAACCGCAAUAAACGUUAAUUUUUUAAGGCCUUCCGAUUAUCGAAGACUUUCUGUGAACGUCAAAAAACUCGAAGAAGAUGAAGUAAUGCGAUCGGUAUUUUUAAAAGAGCCAGAAAUAAAAAAAAGCCCUUCGGACAUACUUUCAAAAGCUUCUGAAGAAAAAAAAAAGACUCAUAUAAAAAAAGAAGAAUUGCCGCAAGAGAAAAUGUCAACGAAAUUAGAUUUAAUCGAAGAUUUAGAAAUGCUGUCUCAGAACAUAAGUUGGACGCAAGAGCAUUUAAAGGAAGUCGUUUUGCUCGAACUUCCCGAUGUCGAAUGGGAAACCAAAUGCAAGGAAGAUUUAAUAUCGGAUCCCGCGGCUUUGUCCGCAAUGGAACAAGCGGCAAUCACGUGGGAAAAACUAAUAAGUCAAACGAUGAAUUUAUACCUGGCGAAAAAACCGGAUGAUAUAAAUCCAAUUUCGGAAUAUGAUUUUUGGCACGAUAGAGAAGCAGGACUCAGUUUAUUGGUAGAACAAAUCAAAGCCAAACCCGUGGCAAGCGUUAUGAGCACUCUGAGAUUAGCCGGAUCUAAAAACAUAGUUGAUUUAAGCGUGGCAGAAACGGAAUUGUUGAAACAUUAUGCGGAGGCGAGAGACAACGUUAAAUUUCUAUUGACCAUUUUGCGACAUUUGAAAACCAUUACGUAUUCUUAUUCGUAUAGAGCAAUUCAAUUAACUCUUCCUGGCCUUAUCGACGGCCUACACAUGAUGUGGAUUCUAUCAAAAUAUUACAAUUCGGAUGAGAUAAUGGUUUCUUUUAUAAGUCGAAUAUCCGUGAACCUUUGUCAAAAAGUUUCGAGCGCAUUGAAACCCGCCACAAUAUUUAAGAGUCCUCUCGAUAUUAUUUUAAUAAAAACAAAAGAAGCCGCGAGCAUGUUGAAACAGUGGAAAAUUAGCUACCUGAAAACGAGAAAAAAAAUAGAAAUCGUCGGAAGGGGUCAAAGGUGGGAAUUCGAUCAGAAAAAACUAUUCUUCGAAUCCGAGUACGUGGCAUCCGUAUGCGAAGACUUGUAUAAUGUUGCUUUGGUGAUUCAGCAAUUUAAAAAAAUUUUCGGUCCGAAACUUAAAUCGAUCAUAAGCGAUCCGGGACAAAUCGAUGCCGUCAUUAAAAGAGUCGAAAAUCUUUUGACGUCAAUUGAAACGGCGGAUUUUGAUAUUUACAAACCGACUUGUAAAGAAAAUUGGGAUUCCAUCGUUGAGUCGUUUUAUAAAGAAGUUAGACAGUUGGAAAAAGAAGCCAAAAUUUUCAUUGACGAAUCCUUUAAAAUACUGAGGUCCUCCGAAGAAGCGUUAGAAAUGCUAAUAAAAUUCAAACAUUUAAAAACUCGUAAUUCCAUUCAAGAACAACUCAUGACGAAAUUUGACGUCAUAAUGCAACAGUUCAGCAAAGAAAUAUCCAUAAUUGAGUAUUUGUUUAACAGAGGUAAAAAAAAACCUCCCAUUCUCAGGUAUUUGCCACCGGAAAGCGGAGCCAUAUUUUGGGAAAGGCAAUUAUUCAUGCGUUUAAAAAAACCCAUUCUGGCAUAUCAAAAAAUAAAAGAGCUCGAAAAUUCGGAAUUGAAAGAAAGAGCUUUCGAAGAGUAUUUAAAAUUGGCCAAACGCAUGAAAGCAUUCGAAGAAUCUAAAUUUGAAGCUUGGUGUGCAAACGCUUUGCCCGUUUGCGAAGUUGCUUUGAAACGCUCCGUUUUGAAAUUAGAUCAUUACAAAAGGCCUUUGGACCAAGUUAAAAAAGAUUUCAAGAAAAAAAAUCUCAUGACAAUAACUCGGCAUUUCAACGAAAAAAAAUUUCAAGAUGGAACAGCGAGCAUGAGAUCGGUAUUGUCGCAGGAAAACGCUUCCCAAAAAUCAAUUGAAUUUUCUCAACAGAAUUUUGCAUUGUCUAAAAUGUCCGCAAGUCGUAUCGUUAUUCACGGAGGCACAGGGGGGAGCUACGGUUUAACAGCUAAAAGUUCGAGUAAAAGAAAAUCAAGUUUGGUUUUACCACCCAUACACACAAAUAGUUUAUCUUCGGCCAUGAUAAAAAAAUUCACCCCUCAAAUGACUUGGGGAGAAUUUGUUAACGAUAGUAUAUUGGUUGAUUUUCAUUUGAGAUUUCAAGUUAAUUUUGCCGACCAAGUUUUUGACAUAAUAGCGGAAGCGGAAUUGAUGGAAUAUUUAGGGUAUCAAAUACCUAAUUCGAUAAAAAGCGUUUCAAUUCAAAAAGAUCGUUUGCAGUGGGAUCUUUUGGCCGUUAAAAAAAUGGUGAACGAUUACAACGAAGCCGUCGACGGUUUGAGUUUGUCGGAGCUUCAAUUCACAAAAGAAAUACUCAAGGAUGUCGAAAGACAAAUACAGCCGGGAUUAACGAGAUUUAAUUGGAAUUCGUUAGGGAUUCAAGAAUACGUGGAAGGUUGCGAAAGAACAUUGAAAAACCUCACGACGACAGCCAAACAAAUCAUAAGGAUAGAAAAAGAAAUCGAAUCGAAAAUAUCAUGUUUGGAACAAUUCAAUUUGUUUUCCGGAACGAAACCGAGCGAUAGUUUGAGACGUUUAGAGUGUAAAGAAUUUUUCACAGACAUGGAACAAUCGAGAAUAAAAACGGUGAACGACAUGCUUCUCAUUUACAACGGAGUCGGACCCAUAUUAAUGAAAUUGGAAAGUCUCGUUCAUCACACGUCUUCCGGUGCUUCACCUUUCAUGACACUUUUUUACGCAUCCUGGGAGAAAAAAAUUUUUUCCAAUUUACUCGAAAUGACUGUGAGAAAUUUAAUUGAUUUCGAUAAGGCUUUAAACACUAAGGAGGCCAUGUUUGAAAUAGCUGUCGUUUUGGCCGUUCCGGAUGUUAUUGUGAGACCUUCGUCUCCGGAAGUUCACAAUAUUAUAAUUCACAACGUUAAAGAUUUCAUGGGCAAGUUAAAAUUGUUUCCCAGGUGGAUGGACGGCACGUGCGUGCCUUGCGAACCUCAAAAACAAGCCGACUCCGAUGAUUAUUAUUUAUUUUCUUUUUUCGAAGACGUCGUUCAAAUUCAAUUGGUUAACGAUUUGAUAACUAAAAUCCAGGACACCGUUUUACGCAUUGUGUCCGAUUGCGUGAGAAGGUUGAUGCGAUGGAGAAAAUAUCGAAAUCUUUGGAUAUAUGAUAAAAAUUUAACUUGCGAUAAAUUUUGUUCGAAAAAUCCGGUACUAUCGGAUUACGAUGAAAAGUUCAGCUUUUACGCACAAGUCAGUUCGGAAUUGACCGAACUCGUUCCGUACGAGGACGUGUAUUGCGUGAGAUUAAAUCUUCAGCCGAUAAUCGACAGCGUUCAAAACUAUUGCAUAGGAUGGAAAGAAGCUUUAGGGAUUAGAUUAUCGGAAAAUACGAGGGAAGCCAUGAAUAAUUUUCAAAAAUUUAUAAAUGACUUGAGACAAAAUCUAAAUCAAAAAAUAACAUCUUUGGAUUCGUUUAAAUCAACUUUAAAGACAGUGACCAACAUUCAAAAAUCUACCGUGUCCGCGGAAAUCCAAUACAAAGAAUUUCAAGAAAGGUAUCACAUUCUUAAACUUCAUAAAAUUGAAGUGGCAGAAGAAGAUGUUCAAAUGUCUAUCACGUUGGAAGAAGAAUGGAAAAAUUUAUACAUAUCAGCUUUAUACAGGGCUCAAACGUUUCAAGCAACGAAAGAAAGAUUUUCGCUUCUCACCCAGGAUCAAAUAUCAGAUUUUAUGAUAGUCGUAAAUGAACUCGUAACAAAAUUUUACGCGGAAGGCCCGGGAACGUUUUACAAUGAUCUCGAUCAGGGUGUCAUCGUGACGGAAGAAUAUGAAAAACUAUUCAACGACUUCGAAGAGAGAAAAAAAGAAUUGACUCUAGCGGAAACUCUGUUCGAUUUACCUUCCGGCGAUUAUCAUAAUUUUAUAAAAGCCAAAGCAGAAUUUGAAGGUUUGAAAAAUAUUUUCCUCAUUUACAAAAAUCAAAAAUUGGCUCAGGAACAAUGGGCAAAAACUCUAUGGGUAAAUUUGAAUCCGAGCACUUUGGUCGACGGCAUGGAAAAUUUUAUGAAAGAUUUUAAAAAGCUCAAAAAGGAUUUGAGGCAGUCUCCCGUCGGUUCGGCCAUAGAACAAAAAAUGAAAGAAUUUAAAGAUACCAUACCACUGAUGGUCGAACUUAAAAAUGAAGCUUUGCGUGAUAGACAUUGGAAACUCCUUAUGGAAAAAACUGGACAAGUUUUCGAUAUGUCUCCCGAUCGUUUUACUUUGGAAAACAUGUUCACGAUGGAAAUUCACAGGUAUACCGAUAUCGUUGAAGAAAUAAUAGCAGCCGCCGUACGAGAAUUGUCCAUUGAAAAAGGUGUGAAAGAAAUUCAGGAAAUUUGGAAAAAUAUGGCUUUCACUAUUUUACCUCAUUUUAAAGGAAUCGAAGACAGAGGUUUUGUUUUGGGUUCCGUUGAUGAAAUAAUGCUCGUGCUGGAAGAUAACGCCAUGAAUUUACAAAGCAUGGCCACCUCUCAGUUUAUCGGACCCUUUCUCGGCGCGGUUCAAAAAUUAGAAAAAAGUUUAGCCGUCAUCGCCGAAGUGAUUGAAGUCUGGAUACAAACUCAGAGGAAGUGGAUGUAUUUGGAGGGGAUUUUCGUCGGGGGCGAUAUUAGAUUUCAAAUUCCUGACGAGGCAAAAAAAUUUGACGACCUUGAUAAAUCGUUCAGGAGAAUCAUGGUCGAGGCUUAUAAGAGACCAAACGUGAGAGAAUGUUGCGAAGUUAGCGGACGACUUCCUGAAUUAAUGGCACUCGGUUUGGGUCUUGAAAAAUGUCAAAAAUCCCUUAACGAGUAUUUAGAUUCUAAGAGGAAUGCUUUUGCUAGAUUCUUUUUCCUGUCGGAUGAUGAGCUUUUAUCCAUAUUGGGAAGCACAGAUGCAACGUGCAUUCAAGAACACAUGGUGAAAAUAUUUGACAACAUUGGGUCUUUGAAAUUCGAGUCUCGGCCUCCCGACAAAAUCGUGGCUUUGGCAAUGAUUUCUUGCGAAAAAGAAAUACUGGAAUUUCGAAACUACGUUUUGGCGGAGGGACGAAUAGAAGACUGGAUGAAUGACAUUUUAGCGGAAAUGCGUAAAUCCAAUCGUUAUAUAACUAAAAAAUCUAUUUACGACUACGGGAAAACCAGGAGGCCGAGGACGGAAUGGAUGCUCAAUUAUCAAGGAAUGGUUUGCCUGGCGGCUAGUCAGGUGUGGUGGACUGCCGAAGUGGAAAAUGUAUUUUAUAAAAUUUCAACAGGAAAUCACAAGGCGAUGAAAAUUUAUUUGGAACAAUUGAACGGACAGCUGGACGAAUUAGUGGUUCGAAUCAGAGGAGAAUUGACGAAAAAUGAGAGGAAAAAAUUUAACACGGUUUUAAUAAUAGAUGUUCACUCGCGAGAUAUCAUCGAGGAUUUUGUACGGGAUAACAUAACCGACUCUCAAGAAUUCGAAUGGGAAAGUCAAUUGCGUUUUUAUUGGAUAAAGGAAGCGGAUAAUUUGAUGGUGAAACAAUGCACCGGAAUUUUCGAGUACGGGUACGAAUACAUGGGAUUAAAUGGACGGCUCGUCAUAACACCUCUCACCGAUCGCAUAUACCUCACGAUCACUCAAGCGUUGUCAAUGCAGCUCGGAGGUGCUCCGGCUGGUCCCGCAGGAACCGGAAAAACGGAAACGACGAAAGAUUUAGCAAAAGCACUGGGUUUGCUAUGCAUGGUCACGAAUUGCGGUGAAGGAAUGGACCACAAGGCUUUUGGAAAAAUUUUAAACGGAUUAUGCCAAUGCGGAGCUUGGGGGUGCUUUGACGAAUUCAAUAGAAUCGACAUUUCCGUACUUUCGGUUAUUUCAACGCAAUUGCAAACCAUUCGCAACGCGAAGUUGCUCAAGUUAAAAAAAUUCAAUUUUGAAAAUCAAGAAAUUACUUUGGAUUCUAAAGUUGGAAUAUUCGUUACCAUGAAUCCGGGGUACGCAGGUAGAACGGAAUUACCCGAAUCAGUUAAAGCUCUUUUCCGACCCGUGGUUUGCAUAGUUCCAGAUUUGGAAAUGAUAUGUCUCAUAAUGCUUUUUUCCGAAGGAUUUUUAGAAGCGAAAAUUUUAGCUAAAAAAAUGACCGUUUUAUAUAAGCUGGCUCAAGAGCAGUUGUCAAAACAAUCGCAUUACGAUUUCGGUUUAAGAGCUUUAAAAUCCGUGCUCGUUAUGGCGGGAGAAUUAAAGCGCGGAGCUCAAGAGUUACCAGAGGACGUCGUGCUCAUGAGAGCUUUGAGAGAUAUGAACCUUCCCAAGUUUAUUUUCGAUGAUGUGCCUUUAUUUUUGGGCUUGAUAACGGACUUGUUUCCCGGAUUAGAGUGUCCGAGAGUUGGAUAUCCCAAUUUCAAUGCUGCCGUUGAGAAGGCUCUUAGAGAAGACAACUACGAAAUUCUACCUGAUCAGAUGGAUAAAGUGGUGCAAAUGUACGAAACGAUGAUGACGCGUCAUUCAACGAUGAUAGUUGGACCUACGGGAGGGGGAAAGACCGUUGUCAUUCAAACCUUGCAAAAAGCUCAAACGGCUCUCGAUCUUCCUACCAAAUUGUACGUGCUAAAUCCUAAAGCUUGUUCCGUGACCGAACUCUACGGUGUUUUAGACCCGGUUACACGUGAUUGGACGGACGGUUUACUUUCUUGCAUAUUUAGAGAAAUAAACAAACCCAUUGAGAACCCGGAACGACGCUACAUACUUUUCGACGGAGAUGUCGAUGCCCUGUGGAUUGAAAAUAUGAACUCCGUCAUGGACGAUAAUAAACUUUUAACUUUAGCCAAUGGAGAGCGAAUCAGACUUCUUCCUCAUUGUGCUCUUCUUUUCGAGGUGGGGGAUUUAAGUUACGCGUCUCCGGCCACGGUUUCUCGCGCCGGUAUGGUGUACGUCGACCCGAAAAAUUUGGGCUAUCUUCCCUACUGGAACAAAUGGGUGAAUAUUAGAAAAGGCACGGAGGAUCACAAAGAAAAAUUACAUGAUGUUUUUCAAAAAAUAGCAGUGCCAACGUUAAAAUACGUACUUGAAGGUAUACUGGGGGCUCAAGCAGUGAAACCUUUGAAACUCAUCAUUCAUCAAACGGCGCUUAACAUGAUUGUUCAAUUAUGCAACAUGUUAGAUUCACUCAUACCGGGUCAGGCGGAAGAAAGUAAGGAAUGGCCUGAGGAAGUCACCGAAGCAGUUUUCAUAGAGAGCGUAUAUUGUUCCUUGGGGGCUGCCAUUGUAGUUGAUAACAGAUCAGAAUUUGAUGAAUUCGUUAAGAAAUGCACCGGCAUGGUAAUUAUAGAUGAUUCGGAAAAUAAAAAAGCUUCCCUGACAAUGCUUCCAAGUGAUUUUCCCACGCUCUAUCAUUAUUUUGUAAAUAUAACCGAUCAGGAAUGGGUGGCUUGGAAGUGGAUCGUUCCCGAAUACGUUCACGAUCCGCUGAAAAACUUCAGUGAAAUUUUAGUGCCAACAAUAGAUACUUGCAGAACCGAUUGGUUGUUGGAGCUCAUGAAUAAAAUAGGGAGACCAGUAGUUUUGGUCGGCGAAACCGGAACGUGUAAAACUGCCAUCAUACAAGAUUUUCUCAGAAGGCUUUCUUCCGAGUAUUUCCUUCAGCUAAACGUGAAUUUUUCCUCUCGGACCAAUUCUAUGGACGUUCAAAAAAACAUUGAGUCCGCCGUAGAAAAGCGAACAAAAGAUAUAUACGGUCCGCCCAUUGGUAAAAAGUUCAUAGUGUUCAUCGAUGAUUUGAACAUGCCUCAAGUGGACGAUUACGGCACUCAACAACCAAUUGCUCUUUUGAAACUUCUUUUCGAAAGGGGAGGUUUUUACGAUCGUGGAAAAGAGCUCAAUUGGAAACAAAUAAAAGACACUUGCUUUUUGGCUGCCAUGGGUAAAGCGGGAGGGGGAAGAAACGAAGUUGAUCCUCGGUUUAUUUCCAUGUUUUCGGUGUUCAAUUUAACUUUUCCUUCGGACGAAACGGUCACGUACAUAUACCGAUCCAUUUUGAGCGGUCAUUGCUUGAAUUUAUCUGAAGAGAUUCAAGAGGUCAUUCCCACACUAAUUGAAAUGACGUUAAAUCUGUACAAAGCCAUAAUCAUUGAAUUGCCUCCGACUCCGUCGAAAUUUCACUACAUAUUCAAUUUAAGGGAUUUAUCCAGGAUUAUCGCGGGCGUGUGUCAAAUUCAAAACGUUUUUUUCCAAACUCAAGUGCAUGUGGUGAGAGUUUGGAGAAAUGAAUUUUCCAGAGUUAUUUGCGACCGUCUCAUUAAUACCACCGAUCAAGAACUGGUAAAGGGAAAAAUUUUAAAUGAAAUAGAAAAACAUUUUGAAGACAAUCCGGAACUUAUCGAGCUUGUCAUGAGAGAACCUUUGUUGUUUGGAGAUUAUCGAAACGCGUGUGCCGGAGGAGACGAAGAACGUUACUACGAAGAUCUUUUAGACUAUGACGCUGUGUAUUUUCUAUUUCAAGAAAUAUUAGCAGAGUUUUGCGAAAAGUACGGUAAAGUAGAAUUGGUGCUUUUUGACGAUGCUUUGGAGCAUUUAACUAGAAUCCACAGAGUUCUUCGUAUGAAUCGAGGACACAUGAUGAUCAUCGGAGUGGGAGGUAGCGGAAAACAGAGUUUGACUCGGUUGGCGUCAUUUGCGGCUGGCUGUGUUGUUUUUGAAAUUACUUUGAGUCGUGGUUACAAUGAAAAUAAUUUCAAAGAAGACUUGAAAAAACUUUUCAAUCAAAUCGGAGUGGAAAGAAAACCGACGGUGUUUCUAUUUUCGGCUUCUCAAAUAGCCGAGGAAGGAUUUUUAGAGAUAAUAAAUAAUAUACUCGCCGUGGGAAUGACUCCGGCUCUUUUCACGGAUGAGGAAAGAGAUGGAAUUAUAAAUAGUGUGCGGGGUUUUGCUAAGGAUGCGGGUUUCGGCGUCGGAAAAGAAGAAGUUUGGAAUUAUUUCAAAAAGAAAUGCAUGCAAAACCUGCACGUUGUCUUAUCCAUGUCUCCCGGUGGCGACAGUCUAAGGACCAGAUGUCGAAAUUUUCCAGGUCUCGUUAAUAACACGACAAUUAAUUGGGUGUUUCCUUGGCCCUUACAAGCAUUGAAUGCCGUGGCCAAAGUCUUUUUAGGUGAAAAUUCUAAUCUUCCCGAAGAACACCGGGAAAAUAUUAUAGCCCACGUAGUGUACGUUCAUUCAUCGCUAGGAAAAUACACCACGGAUUUUCUCACUCAGCUUAGACGCAAGAACCAUGUCACUCCAAGACACUACUUAGACUUUAUAUCCACUUAUUUAGUUUUGUUGGAGCAGAAAAAUCAAUUCAUCGUAGCACAAUGCGAGAGAUUAGAAGGUGGUAUGUUGAAAAUUGCCGAAGCAAGCGUUCAAUUGGCAGAAUUAAAUGCGAAAUUGGAAAUUCAACAAGUGGCCGUGUCGAAAAAAACAUCCGGUUGCGAAGAGCUUUUAGCCAGAAUAUCAAGUGCGACAGAAAUAGCAAACGAAAAAAAAAACGAUGUGAUAACUAAAAAGCUCGAAAUAGAGGAACAGGAAAAAAUAAUCAUGUCUGAAAAAACGGAGGCUCAAGAAAUAUUAGAUGCCGCUUUACCCGCUCUGGAAAUUGCCAGAGCCGCUUUAAGCGAUCUUGAUAAAUCCGACAUAACGGAAAUCCGUUCCUUUGCGACACCGCCCCAAGCGGUACAAAUUGUUUGCGAAUGCGUUCUAAUAUUGAUGGGAGUUAAAGAAAUCUCGUGGAAAUCGGCCAAAGGAGUCAUGGCGGAUCCGGGAUUUUUAUACCGACUCAAAGAAAUGAAUUGCGAUUUGAUAACGCAAAAUCAACAGAAAACUUGUAAAGCUCACGCAAAGGGUUUGCCACCGGAUUUAAAAGCGGUCAGCAAAGCUGGUCACGGAUUAAUGAUGUUCGUAGACGCGGUUUUGGGCUACUGUGCCGUAUUUAAAGAAGUUAAACCGAAAAAAGAAAAAGUCGAACAAUUGGAAAUAGAGUAUGAAAAAUCUGAAAAGUAUCUUAAAAAGUUAAUGGGCGAAAUUGCGAAAAUUGAAGAGCAGUUGGAAGUGUUAAACGAGCAUUACAUGAAAGCAAUGGGAGAGCGUCAAAUCCUACAAGAGGAAACGGACUUGAUGAUGAAACGAUUAACGGCCGCGGAUAAAUUAAUAAGCGGAUUAAGCUCGGAAAAUACUCGUUGGUCGAACGAACUUGAUCAACUUCACAUAGAAAAAGAACAAUUGAUUGGUAACUGCCUUUUAUCCGCGUCUUUUCUCAGCUACGUCGGUCCCUUUAGCUACGAAUUUCGUAAAGCCAUGAUUUACGAUGACUGGAAAAAUAGUUUGAUAGAAAAAGAGUUGCCCGUAACCCUUUCUUACAGGCUGGAAACAUCGUUGUCGGAUGAUGUUGAAAUCAGUAAGUGGAAUUCGGAAGGGCUUCCUCCGGAUGAAUUGUCCGUUCAAAAUGGUAUUUUAACCCUUCGAGGUUCCAGGUUUCCCGCUUGCAUUGAUCCCCAACAGCAAGCUCUUAACUGGAUAAAAAAAAAAGAAGAAAAACAUUUAAAAAUUUCAUCAUUUAACGAUGCUGAUUUUUUAAAACAUUUGGAAAUGGCCAUUAAAUACGGGUUUCCAUUCCUGUUUCAAGACGUUGAUGACUACAUCGAUCCCGUCAUUGAUAACGUUUUAGAAAAAAAAUGGAAAACGGUUACCGGAAGAGUAUAUGUUAAUUUAGGCGAUAAAGAAGUCGAUAUAGAUCCAAAGUUUCGCUUGUACUUAACAACUAAACUCGCGAACCCGGGAUGGGCCCCCUCAGUCUACACUAAAGCCAUCGUUAUAAACUAUUCGGUCACCAAUUCCGGUUUGGAAGAUCAAUUGUUGAGCGUCGUGGUGAGACACGAAAGGCCGGAUUUAGAGGAACAACGAGAAAAUCUCAUAGAAGAAACUUUUGUCAAUAAAAAUCUUUUGAAAAGUUUAGAGGAUUCGCUUCUUCGCGAGUUAUCAACGUCGACGGGAAACAUGCUGGACAACGAAGAGCUCGUCGAAACAUUAGAACACACGAAAUCAAAAGCGAGCGAAGUCACGGCAAAACUUAAAUUAGCUGAAGUCACUUCAAUAGACAUUGAUAAACUUCGAAACGGUUACAGGUCGGUGGCCAAAAGGGGUGCCGUAUUAUUUUUCCUUCUGUCGGACAUGGCUGGAGUCAAUCCGAUGUAUCAAUAUUCCCUGAAUUCUUAUUUGAAAGUUUUCUCACAUUCCUUGAGCAGAGCUCAUCUCGAUGCGAUGCUAUCCCGUAGAUUAAAAAAUAUAAUAAAAACUCUAACGAAAAACGUUUACGAUUACGGGUGCACCGGCAUUUUCGAAAAGCACAAACUCUUGUUUUCAUUUCAAAUGACCAUGAAGUUGGAACUGAGCGAAGGACGGGUCAAUCAGGAUCAGCUUAAUUUUUUCAUAAAGGGAAAUGUUUCUCUGGAAAAAUCACCGAAAAAAAAUCCGACCAAGUGGCUUUCGUCUCAGGGAUGGGAAGAUAUAAUUAAGCUUGCCACGGAUUUCCCCGAAAAGUUUGCCUCGCUACCCACCGACAUUGAAGAAAAUAACUCUUUGUGGAAGGAUUGGUGCGAUUUAGAUAUCCCCGAAGCAGUCCCAUUCCCCAAUGGGUAUUCAAAAAAAAUAACUCCUUUUGAGCGGUUAAUGUUCGUUCGGUGUUUUCGAGUCGAUAGAAUAUAUAGAUGUGUGGUGAAUUUUAUAACGACCGCCAUGGGUGAAGAAUUCGUUACCCCGCCUGUUAUUAGUUUGGAUGACAUUUUCGAUCAGAGCUCGCCUUUAAUGCCCGUCGUGUUCAUACUCAGUCCGGGAUCGGAUCCUACGAGCGAAUUAAUGAAACUUGCCGAUAGGUGUGCAAUGGGAGGAGGAAAAUUUAAAUAUUUAUCACUCGGGCAGGGUCAGGAGGCGACGGCUCUUUCCUUUUUAAACGUAGCCGUUAAUCGUGGGCAAUGGUUGAUGCUCCAAAAUUGUCAUCUCCUCAUACCCUUUGUUCGAAUCGUUGAAAAAGACCUUGAAAAAGUCACAAAACCUCAUCCGGAUUUCCGGUUAUGGCUGACUACCGACGCGACCCCAUCUUUUCCGAUAGGAAUUUUGCAGAGAUCUUUGAAAGUUGUGACGGAGGCUCCGAACGGUUUAAAAUUAAACUUACGAAACACUUAUUUUAAAGUUAGAAGUUCCACUUUGGAGUCUUGCCCUCAUCCGUGUUUCAAGUCAUUGGUUUACGUUUUGGCAUUUUUUCACGCUGUCGUUCAAGAGAGAAGAAAAUUUGGUAAAAUCGGAUGGAACAUUAAUUACGAUUUUAAUGAAUCCGAUUUUUCCGUUUGCACCCAGAUAUUAGAUACUUAUUUAACUAAAAUGUUUGACGCCAAAGACAGUAGAAUUCCUUGGAAUAGUUUAAAAUACCUCAUAGGCGAAGUUAUGUACGGGGGCAGAGUAAUCGAUAAUUUCGAUAGGAGGAUAGUCAAGACGUACAUGAACGAGUACAUGGGUGAUUUUCUAUUUGACUCAUUUCAACCCUUUUCCUUUUUCAAAGAUAGUUCUGUGGAUUAUAAAAUACCCAAUGAUGGAGAAAAAGAAGACUACAUAGCUUACAUAGAUUUACUUCCGUUGGUUAAUUCUCCAGAUGUUUUCGGAUUGCAUCCGAACGCGGAGAUCGGGUAUUACACGAAUGCGGCCAAAGACAUGUGGACGUACCUCAUCGAAUUGCAACCCCAAACCGGCGUGAGUAAGGGCGGAAUAAGCAGAGAAGAAUUCAUCGAUAAUGUGUGCAAAGACAUAAUAUCUAAAAUACCCCACGAAUUUGACAUGCCUAAAAUUAGAAAACAAUAUGAAAUGACUCUCACUCCCACAAUAAUUGUUUUGUUGCAAGAACUCGAGAGAUUUAAUAAAUUGUUGGAAAACAUGACUCAGAGUUUAAAUAAUUUAAGAAAAGCAUUGGCCGGUGAAAUUGGUAUGGAUUCCAUUUUAGACAACAUUUCGGUUUCUUUGUUCAACGGACAAAUUCCUAAUUCGUGGAGAAAGUUAAUACCUGCGACGAGAAAAACUUUGGGGAGUUGGAUGGAACACUAUUUACGAAGGAUAGCACAGUACACGACUUGGAUCUCUUUGGGAGAUCCCGUUGUUAUAUGGCUAUCGGGUCUUCACAUACCAGAAUCGUAUUUGACGGCUUUGGUGCAAAUGUCCUGCAGGAAAAACGGUUGGCCGUUGGACAAAUCGACUUUGUACACGGCCGUAACCAAAUACAAAAAUCACGACGAGGUAGAAGAUAGACCGGAUCAAGGAUGUUUUGUCGAAGGUCUUUAUCUCGAAGGUGCCAGAUGGGAUAUAGAAAAGGGAGAAUUGAAAAAAUCUCUUCCGAAAAUAUUAGUCGAAGAAUUACCUGUUUUGAAAAUUAUACCCGUCGAAAGGCACAGGCUCAAGCUUCAAAAUACAUUGAGGACUCCUGUUUACACGACAUCUCUCCGAAGGAACGCGAUGGGGGUCGGUUUGGUUUUCGAAGCGGAUUUAAGCACAUGCGAACAUUCGAGCCAUUGGAUUUUGCAAGGAGUUUGCCUCAUGUUAAACACCGAUUAA